AUGUUAUUUGAUGGCCCUCAUGACCGCUUUCCGUCCACAAAACUUGCCGAAUUCCAAGCAUCUCGGGAAUUCUACCAUAUAGUCGAAUACAAAACACCCAGCCUCGACAGCGGCCACGCGGCGUCCGUGUUAGAAGGAGAGGAAUGGGCAUCGUUAAGUAAGGAUUUCCCGAGUUACCAUGGAGGGUUGGUCCGUAUUUCUCCCGGUAGAUGGCUCUAUCCUGCGCGCUUCUGUGAUCUGGGAAAUAAGCUUUAUAACUUUAAGUUCCGAAAAGACGACGUGCUGGUGAUGACGUACCCGAAGUGUGGAACAACGUGGACGCAGGAAAUCGUGUGGACAAUGAGGAACAACCCUGACCUGAACAACCCAGAGGCAGAUGCAGAGGCCAUGGAUCGCGUCCCCUUUAUUGAUGUGGACAUGUUCAUGCCCGUCAGCGAGGAGAUGGUCUCGAUCUCCAAAGCCUUCAAGAAACUGUGUCCCGGAGGCGACCUUCGCGACGGGGAGAUGAUCCAGCUCGCGGAGGCCAUGGCUAGUCCGCGAACCCUGAAGACCCACCUGCCGUUCUCUCUCAUUUCUCCCGGUGUCAUGGAUCAUGCGAAGGUGGUUUACGUGGCCAGGAACCCGAAGGACACGAUGAUCUCGUACCUGCACCACCACCGCCUCUUCCGCGAGCAGGAAUUCGUGGGUUCCCUCGAGAAGUUCGUCGAUUAUUUCGUUAAAGAUGAUCUGGUGUACGGGCCGUACUGGCUGCACCUGAAGGAGGCGUGGCAGAGGCGCGACCACCCCAACCUGCACUUCGUCUUCUACGAGGACCUCAAAGCGGACAUCAAGGGCGAACUGAAGAAGCUGGACGCCUUCCUCGGGACGGGGCUCUCCGAAGACCAGCUCGAUAAUGUCGCCAAAUUCACCAGCUUCGGGGAGAUGAAGGCCAGAGAAGAGAAAAAUCUCGACAAAGAUUACAUGAACAACGAUGCCUUCGUUAAUCAGGAUGUCCGCAAGAAGGAUGGAGGAUUCUUCAGACAAGGCAAGGCAGGCGACUGGAAGAAUAAGCUGACUCCAGAGUUGGUCGGGAAAAUGGAAGAUUGGAUCAGCCAGAAGUGUGAUUUUGGAAUAAGUUUUGCGUAAGCGAAAAGCGUGACGAUUUCCCGAACAGGAAUUUGAGCAAUUCGUAAUCUGAAAAGGAAGACACGGCAGUAAUAAAAAAAAAUAUAUUCAUAUAAAUU